GGCGGAAGAUGACAGAGCUGUCGAGGACGCCAUUGUGCCCAUCCUCGCGUGUGCUCUUCAACUCGGCGAGGAUGCGGUUCGGAUUUUCGAGGACAUCUGCAGCAGGCCAUAGUGGACGGGGAAGCGUGUGAUGCAUGACAUUUUUUAGGGUGGCUACUGUGAUGACAGUGCAUCACAGAAGAGGCGUAAGUGUACCAGUUGGCAAUGGCCCGGGAUAGUGACCGUUUGUGAUUUGAUGCCUCGCAAUCCGCCUCGUUGGUGGGUGAUGCAUCGCACAGGUGGUGCAUGGAAGGACCUCGAGGUGACCGACGACGCUGAAGACGACUAUUACGUCACCCUGUUGCGCAUGCGGAGAUCUACCUUCAACCGCCUUCUUCGCGUGCUCGCACCACAUCUGGAGAAGCAGGUCACCAGGUGGAGGAAGCCUUUGCCACCCGCACAGGUGUUGGCUUAUGCAUUGCACCGUUGGGCACAUGGCGACUCUAAUCUCAAUAGCUCAUGGACAUACGGGAUGGGAAAAACGAGCGGGCUACGUGCGGGGCGUGAUGUUUCCAAAGCUAUCAUACGUUGUUUUGGAUCGGUGAUUGGGUUUGGAACGUUCGAGGAGCGGCAUCGCCGGAUGCAGAAGUUCACUGCGCUUGGUUUUCCAAACUGUUGGGGGUGCAUUGAUGGCACUCAUGUCUUCGUCGACAAACCCAAGAAGAAGGACGGAGACGAAUUUAUGGGCGGUCACAAGCGAAGGUUCUCCAUCGUCGCGCAGUCGGUGUUCGAUACAGACUUGCGCAUUCUAGACCUGUGUUAUGGAUUUCCAGGCACUGUAGCGGACGGGCGUGUCCUGCGGAAUUCGUCUCUGUGGCGGAGGGGCGUGUCGGGGGAGCUGUUCACACAGGACCCCGAGGACUCGACCAGGCACUUGCGUCCCGAAAUUCCCGGAGUCCCGGGGGGAUACCUGCUUGCCGACGCAGGGUAUCCCACAUUGGCCUGGCUCGUGGUCCCUUAUGGGCACAGCUAUGUGGACCCGCGCACCAAAAUAUUCGAUAGUCGACACAAGGUUGUUCGCUCACUUGUGGAACAGGGCAUUGGGCUCUUUAAAACGCGGUUCCAGUAUUUCUACAGGCCGCACGUGUGUGAUUUGAAGAUCGAGGGGGAUGAGUUUUGGGCUGCUUGUAUAGUGCACAACCUGCUUCAGGCGUGGGGUGAUCUUCCAGAGGAGUACGUCCCGCCGCCAGAUGCCGGGAGUGAAACACAACCUCCUCCGAGUCGAGCGGUGGCAGGAGAGCUGCGUGUAAGUGAACACGUGUCUCCAUUCAAUCAAGGUGGUCGAUUAUGGCGAAGGCUGGAGGAUGCAGCUCGUCGACGGGUUUGGGGAGCACGGGGGUGGAUAGAGAAGUGGAUGAGUGCGCAUCAGGAGUUGCAGGUCCUGCAUAGAUUCCUUGUCAAGUGGGGAGAUGACAUCACGGUCGUUCUGAAAGACGGUGGGGAGAAGUGGCGAACGGAGCACAACCAUAGCCAUUACUGCGCAAGGAGAUGGUGCAAGGCGGUUGGCAGUCGACUGCGGCAAUCUCGCCUGAAUGUGUGUAACUGUUGCAACGAUGUCGUGGAUAAGCUUUCCCAGUGGAGGAGCGAAUACAUGAAAUUCACGAAGUUGAUUAAUGCGUUGAAGGACCGCAAUGACGAGCUGCAGUGUGAGCUCCAGAAAGCGCGCGAGCAGCAUGCGUACCUGGAAACACAGCUGCAAGAUGCCAUCGCCGCCAUCGCAGAGGCCCGUGAUCAACGGGAUCUCGCAUGGCACUGUUACGAUGAGCAAUUCGCCGAGAUGACUUCCGAUGGGCCGUGUGAUGUCGACGCCCUGGCGGAGGAUGUGCACGUUGUGACGCUUGAGGAUGGAGGAGACGGUGCUGCACCUUCAGGCGACGAAGGACACGUGGCGAAGUGCACCAGAUGCAAGUCAUUGCAGACGAAAGUCGAAGAGCUCGGAGUGAAGCUGGAGGGUAUGCGGUGGGCGAACACCCUACUACAGGAGCCUCCCUCAUUUUGGAAUGAAGUCUUCGAGGACUGAAGAU